CCACCGUCUAUCAACCAAACAACUGCAUCACAUUCAUCAUCAUGGCCGCCCCCGCUGACAUGACCACUCUCAACACCUCUGGCAAGUUCACCAUGAACAAGUCCCUCAGCGACUCGAGCGACGAAAUCCUCAGGCUUCAAGGCGUCGGCUGGUUCACUCGCAAAGCCAUCGCCGCCGCCACCAUUUACAUCGAAGUGAACCACUACAAGGAUGACAGUGGGACCGAGCACAUCGACAUCAAGCAGACCUUGUCGGGCGGCCUUGGCGGCUCACAGGAGGAUCGCACUUUGGACUGGCAGAAUAGAGAAAAGACGGACAAGAUUUUUGGAGCCGUAAUUGGCAAGUCUCGGAGGGUCAAGCUCGAGGAUAUUGACAUCGACUACUUGAAAAAUGGAUGGACGAGUGAUGUUGCGGAAUGGGGUUCGAUAGAGUCGUACGUGGAGUCCGAUACCCCUAAGAGCGGUACUACGUGGAUCGCGCACCAGCUUUGGGGCUUCGAGGUGGUCGAUGAUGUUAGACGAUAUGCUAGACAUAUCAAGUUCACCGGUCCUGGGGGUGAAGAUAUAGAGGCUCGCUUGGUCUACGACUACACUGGAACCCUUUAGACCCGUACUCCCUGAUUGGUUCUUGCAAAUCGUAAUACCUACCCCUAUCUUGGUGCCACCCAUGUCUUUUGGGCCACAUCAGUCAGUCGUUCGAUGCGUCCCCCGCGUUCCUCUGCAGCUGCAGAACAUGAGUUUUACAAGUACGCAGCGAGCAUAUAUGUAUGAAUCUGGACUCCCUCUACCAAACCCCCAGCACCCGCGCUGGGGCUCCCAAGCUCUUCAUCCGAUCUACACCUAAAUAUACCUCCUUCGCCCAACACUCAUCGCCGUUCUCCGAGCCGCCUUCUGUUACACCAAUGUCAUUAUCCACGUCUUCUAGACCCUCUAUCCGUUCACAGAGCUCGAUAAAAUAUACAUCUUGGAAGGGGACCGGUUGUAAGGAUGGUCGACGGUCAACUCGGGCGGGUGAGAGAGUGGGUGGCAACGCUGCCAGACAUUCCAAGACGUUCGGAGAUCGCGAAAUCCCGUUUGUUUGAAACGGAGGAGGUCGCGGGUCGAUGGUGACCCGUAUGAGCGCUUGCCUACGUCGGUCGUUAUUGAUGCUGCUCGGUAGCAGAGGUAUAGGCGAAGUCGGGUCGUUGGCCAAUACAUAGAACCGAGUGAAGUUCACUGAUUCGUUUUGAAUCCCUUCAUGCAGGACUUCCAAGCCAUCAAACAUGGUGGUACAGAACCUGGAAGCUAUCACGCCACACUCCGUGGCGUCCGACUCAGGGGUGCCAUUUUGACUGAUCUCAGCCGCUGCAGCAGCCGUCGAUGCGACCUUGACUAGAGUCGCCUCGGGCAGGUGUUUCGCGAUGAACUGGCUGCAUUGUCCUAGUGCCUGCUCAUGGCUCAGAACCUUGCGUAUCAAUUCGAUUUUAUGUCCCUUGCGUACGAUCAGACUAUGCUGCACCGGAAGCAACACAGCACCUCGGAUCCAUUUUGUGUGGCCGAGGUUCUCCAGACGCAAUAAGUCGUAUGUCUCCGUUACCGUGCCGUAGAUGGUGUUUUCCUGUGGGAGGAGCCCGAGAGGCGUUGAUUCGUUGACGCUGUGGUAGACGUCUGCUAUCGUCCUUUGAGCAACAUACCGCGCAGAGUCACCAAAAGCUUGAUGGGCAGCCUGGUGCGAAUAAGUCCCUUCAGGCCCAAGAAAAGCUAUGGACGGCCGACUGGGACUAGAAGCCUCAGGCUCGAUGGUCUCCGAAAGCAUCUACAGGUAUUGUUCGGUACAAAAUGGUUGAAGCAGAUACCGACGAGAGGGGCGAUGCAGUUCGGGCGUCGUGAUCGUCGAUAAACAAACUCCCAGAGAGGUGUAAAGGUUAUCGUUGAUACUUAGACUGAACAGUUAUGAA